GCUGGGACCGUGCGCGAACGUGGGUUCUCGGGGUGUCUGUCGCGAACGUCUGGCAGUUGUGGGUCUGUGACAUUGUCCCACCGCCGUGGCAGAUUGCCCGUGCCUAGACUUCGAGUGUGCACGGGUUUUUUGGGUUUUUUUUCCUCCUUUUCUUUUGCUGUUGUCGAGUGAGUGUCUGCGAAUGUCAGAUUGUCAUUGUGCGCGGCGGUGUCGGAAGGAGUGCGAACCGGUGCAAAACUGAGGGGCGUGCGGGAAAGAGCGGGGACAGAUAUAUCCCCCCGCUCCUGGCCCCGGCCUCGCCGCGUCAUUGAUGGGCAACCAACUGGACCGCAUCACGCACCUCAACUACAGCGAGCUGCCCACCGGGGACCCGUCGGGAAUAGAGAAAGACGAGCUGCGGGUCGGGGUCGCCUACUUCUUCUCGGAUGAGGAGGAGGACCUGGACGAACGCGGCCAGGCAGACAAGUUUGGCGUGAAGGGGCCCCCGGGUUGCUCUCCGUGCCCCGAGAGCCCGAGCCGCCGCCACCACCACCACCUGCUGCACCAGCUGGUCCUCAACGAAACUCAGUUCUCCGCCUUCCGGGGUCAGGAAUGCAUCUUCUCCAAAGUGAGCGGCGGCCCCCUGGGCGCCGACCUGAGCGUCUACGCGGUGACCGCGCUGCCCGCGCUCUGCGAGCCGGGCGACCUGCUGGAGCUGCUGUGGCUGCAGCCGGCGCCCGAGCCGCCCGCGCCCGCCCCGCACUGGGCGGUCUAUGUGGGCGGCGGGCAGAUCAUCCACCUGCACCAAGGCGAGAUCCGCCAGGACAGCCUGUACGAGGCGGGCGCGGCCAACGUGGGCCGGGUGGUGAAUAGCUGGUACCGCUACCGCCCACUGGUGGCCGAGCUGGUGGUGCAGAACGCCUGCGGCCACCUGGGCCUCAAGAGCGAGGAGAUCUGCUGGACGAACUCGGAGAGCUUCGCCGCCUGGUGCCGCUUUGGCAAACGGGAGUUCAAGGCGGGCGGGGAGGUGCCGGCCGGCACGCAGCCCCCGCAGCAGCAGUACUAUCUCAAGGUGCACCUGGGCGAGAACAAGGUGCACACCGCCCGCUUUCACAGCCUGGAAGACCUCAUCCGCGAGAAGCGCCGCAUCGACGCCAGCGGCCGGCUGCGCGUGCUCCAGGAGCUCGCCGAUCUGGACCUCGUGGACGACAAGGAGUAGCCGCGGGCUGGGGGAGGAAGGGGCGCGCCCCGCCGGUCUUCCCCCGACCCCCCCACCCCCACCCCCUCCUCCUCCGAGCGGCCCGUUUGUUCUUUCUCCCUUCCCCAACCCGGGCCUGCGGCGGUGAUUGACAAACCCGCCCCCCACCCGCCACUCCCAGCUCCCUCGCGUGUUUCAACUCCGCGCCGCCAGUGGCCGGUGCCCAGGCUGCACCGCCACACCGCAACCCAUGGCCAAAGGGCAGGAAGUCUCAGGAACUGGUCCCCAGGGAGGGGAAGGGCAUCCGUGAGCUCCUGUCUGAGCCCCUCCACCCCGCGCCCCCUUUAGGUGAUAGGGAUGUUGAACGCAUCCUCUAGCCCCCAGUCCAGUGCGCUUUCCCGCCUUCCCCCGCACCCAGGUGUUUUAAGGGGCGGAGAAGGAAAGAGACGCAAAGACGUGGCAUCUGGGUGGAGCAGGGAUGUGACCCGGCCCAAGAGCCGUGGGUUGGUACUGACCCCCCGUCAGGAAAACGACUUUUGCCACCUAGAAGGGACCGUGCAAGACGCCCCCUUCCCCCCCAGUGCGGGCUCACAGAGAUGAGCGUGGAUCUUGUCGCGGCAACACUCAGCAUCUGUAUGGCUGUGUCCCCCAGCUCCCAGGAUUUCCAAGAAAUCGAGCCCGUCUCUGCUAUAACUUGUGAAAUAAAUUCCAAGAGCCAGCGCCAGGGGACUCCCGGUUCUCCCGAGCCUGUCCGGGACUCUUGCAGCCCCCACAGCCCCCCGGGGCGCUCCUGCCGCCACUGAAUCCCGGGCUCCUCCAGGCUCAGGCUCAGCUGGCGAGUAUUUGCUUCCAGUUCUUUCUUUCCACCGUGGGAAGGAAUGCCGUUCCUCCCACCCCCACCUUCAUUUGCCUGGGAGCCUCCCACGCUGGCAGAAGGGAAGCCUUUAGUCCCUGGAGGAAAAUGACGCAGCUACUUUUGGUGAGGAAAACCUCCCCGCACCAGUCCCUUUUCCCCACAAAGAGCAAGUUAAGGUGUUUGGGUACUUGAAUCUGCCCCGAGAAGGGGUCCUGUCCAUACCCCUAGGACGGUCCCCCUCCUAGGGCUGCAUUUGAGAGUCGUAGGAUUAGAGGUUCGUGAAGAGGGAGAGGGAAGAAGACAUGGCAACAUUUCAGAAACCAGCAUUAUUACAACACCAUAGCCAGUAUGUUUCGUUUGGCUUUUUCCUAACAUAGUAAGUAAACCGUAGAAGGCGGGGAAGUGGAAAUAAAAAGUUCUGAACCUGAGAGAGCCGUUUUUCCAACGAUGUCAGCAAAGCCUAUGUGUUGAUGUUUUUAUUGACCAUUUUGGCAACAUGCUAAUAAAAUUUCAAAUUGAAAUUUUUAUUUUCAUGGCUUUACUCCAUGAUAGUUUAAAUACUGGGAGUCAUUAAGAGUGGAUUUAGCUAAGAGCUUAGCUAACAAUGCCUUUUCACUCUAUUUUUCUCAAGUCUUAGGAGAAUUCUGUUUUUGACUAUUGUAGAUUUUUUUUUUUUUUUUUUUUGCUUUACACAGCAGCCCUAGUAAUGGUGGAGUUGUUAAUCAUUGUGUGUAUUGUACUGAAUUUCUGUCAGGUAAGGAGUUUAAUGCUUUGGUGGAAACUGAAAGGUUUCAUGAUGUUUCAUUUCCCUAUGUUGUAUGCAAUUACCAUAGGACCUUUGCAUUUCUAUUUUUAUUUUCAGUCCCCCUGAUCUUCUUGCAAAAGGAGUCUUAAGUUCGUGGCGUUUUCCCCUUCUCUUUAGUCUUACCACAGUUCACUUCUGAAAACUGAAAAGAACAUGUAUGAUCAGGACAAAUGCAAUUUUGAAAAAUUUAAGGCCAUUUGAAACCCAUUUCUUUCUUGGGCAAGGAUUGACAAACCUCUCUUGCUUGCUGCAGCCCCAGCCUGAUUGUUACUUGAUUCCUUGUGUUAGACACCUACAAACAUCCCUUUCCCUCUGGGGGGAGGUUGUCCACUAACGGUGUUUACCUUAUUGUUACAAACAAUUGUGUAUAGACAGUUGUGAUUUAGUUGGACAGCAGAUAUUAUGGCCAAAGUCAAUUUCUUGGCAUUUCAAAAAAUAAUGCAAUAAAAACUAGUCGAGGUUAGCUGAGACUGGAAAUGCCUUUUCCAUGGUAAAUGAUUCAUUUCUGUUUUUUGGUUUUCAUCCUGGAUUUACUCACUGAUCUUGAAUCAAAAGGUCAGAUCAAUGAAAUAUAAACUACUAGAGUAUUUUUCUUAAGCCUAUUGAGUGAUUUAUUUUUAAAAAAAUGUUUCAAUGCAUAUGCGUUUCUUUAAGCACAUAAAACAACAAAACUUUUGUAAUAACUAACGUACCUUUGCAUGCAUGGAAACUAAAAGUCAUUUGUUUCCCUAACUUAUUCCUCUUUCAAAUAACAGAUGUCAGAUCAUAUGCCAAAAUUCUUUAUUGUAUCUACACACUCCACAUUCUUUACUGUGUCUACUACUGUAUCUUGACUCUGCUGUAUUAAAUACCAUCCUAAGCACUCA